AUGCAGAACGAAGAGGGUGUUAUUACAGAGCUCUACAUUCCCAGGAAAUGCUCUGCUACAAACCGGUUGAUCACAUCAAAGGAUCAUGCCUCUGUGCAGCUCAACGUUGGUCAUUUAGACGCUGAUGGCAUCUACACCGGAUACUCCUCCACCUUUGCUCUCUGCGGUUUCGUUCGUGCCCAGGGAGACGCAGACAGUGGCAUCGACAGGCUAUGGCAGAAGAAGAAGGUCGAAGCCAAACAGCACUAA